AAACCCUUCAGGAGGCUGCGAGACCAGAGGCAACUCGACACUGAAAGCCGGGCAUGGAGGCUGAAACUGGGAGCGCGAAGGACGACAACAGUGUAACCAGCAUCAAAACGCUGCGUUCUCAACUCGAGUCUCGAAUCGAGUCUCAACACAACACCCACCUAGAGCUUCUCUCUUCUCUCCGAAACAUAGUCCCAAAUAUCGUCUCCUCUCUCGAUCUCUCUCUCAAUCUCAUUUCUAACUUCGAUCACCGUGACUUUAACCCCACUCCUCCCCUCCCUGAAAUCCCCAAAUUGAUUCCGAAGCCCACCAACGCUGCUUGUCUCAAUCACAACAAUGCCAAACUCAACGCCUCCGACAAUCUACAAGGUUCUCCGGACCUGGGUCAAGAAACACGUGGCGGAAAGUUUGGUAUUGACGAGAGUGGGAAUCCGUUGGCGGUGGUUAGGGCGAUGGUUGCGGAGGGUUUGUUACGCCGCGUGCCCUUCAAACCUAUUGAUUCGUCGAUGCUGUUGAGGAAACUGGAGAGUGACGCCAACGCGACGUUGGCUGAGAAGAAAGCGUUGAGAGACCUGGGCGGUGAAGCGGGUGCGAUUUUAGCGGUGGAGACGGCGUUAAGGAGUAUCGCUGAAGAGAAUGGCGGGGUGGAGCUGGAGGAGCUUUCAAUUAGUGGAAAAUCUAGGGUUAUGGUUUUGAGUAUCGAUCGAAUUGGUUUGUUGAAAGAAUUGCCGGAGAGCGUGCAACAAAAUCAAGACUUCUUUAAUGGAAACAAUAAUACUACCGUGAAUCAACAUCAAAUUCAAAAUCAAGGGGGCGAUUUGUAUGGGAUUCAGAGACCGGAGAUGUGGGACCCGCAUAUGGCGGGAAUGGCGUCAAUUUAUGGCGGAGGGAUGAUGGGGCCGAGGGGAAGAGGAGUUAUGGGUAUGCAGAGAGGCGGUAGAGGACAAAAGUCGAGAACAGAAGAAGAUGAUUGGAAUGAUAUUCAAGAAAUGUUGAAUAAGAAGACAUAUAAGGAGUCACAAAGAUCGAAAACAGGUGAAGAAUUAUUGGACCUCAUUCAACGACCAACUGCUAAAGAAACUGCUGUGGCUGCAAAGUUCAAGAGCAAAGGUGGUUCUCAAGUGAAGGAGUAUUGUUCAUCUCUAACCAAAGAGGAUUGCCGACUCAAAACUGGUUCAUUUGCUGCUUGUGAGAAGGUUCAUUUUCGGCGAAUAAUUGCUCAACAUACUGACAUUAAUUUAGGUGACUGUUCUUUCCUUGACACAUGCCGUCACAUGAAGACAUGCAAGUAUGUACACUAUGAGCUUGAUCCCGAGAGAGAUUUACCACCCACUGUGAUGGGUGCUGGUGCUCUUGCUCCCCCCAAACCAUUAAAGCCUCAGCGUCCUGAAUAUUGUUCCGAAGUAGAACUUGGCGAACCACAAUGGAUUAACUGUGACAUACGUACUUUUAGAAUGGACAUUUUAGGACAAUUUGGAGUUAUAAUGGCAGAUCCUCCGUGGGAUAUUCAUAUGGAACUGCCUUAUGGGACAAUGGCUGAUGAUGAGAUGCGCAACCUUAAUGUUCCUGCAUUGCAGACUGAUGGUCUGAUUUUCCUUUGGGUUACUGGACGUGCAAUGGAGCUUGGACGGGAAUGUUUAGAUCUUUGGGGAUACAAGCGUGUCGAGGAAAUAAUAUGGGUGAAGACUAAUCAACUUCAGCGAAUAAUUAGGACUGGGCGAACAGGCCAUUGGCUCAAUCAUAGUAAAGAGCACUGCCUUGUUGGAAUAAAAGGGAAUCCAGAAGUAAAUAGGAAUAUUGAUACAGAUGUUAUUGUUGCUGAAGUUCGAGAAACAAGUCGCAAGCCAGAUGAGAUGUACCCUUUGCUGGAGAGGAUAAGUCCAAGGACAAGAAAGCUGGAAUUGUUUGCUCGAAUGCACAAUACUCAUGCAGGGUGGAUGUCACUUGGCAAUCAGUUAGAUGGAGUAAGAUUGGUUGAUGAAGGCCUGCGAGCAAGAUUCAAAGCUGCUUACCCAGAAGUGGUGGUGCAGCCAGCCUCUCCUCCUAGGGCUUCUACAAUGGAAAUAGACUCCAAUAAUGCUACUCAAACUAGGAGCCCUUUUGCAGUUAAUGAAUCAAGGUCCUCUGCCAUGCAGUUUGCAGACCCUGAAGCUCCUGAGGUUCCCUAUGCUUCUGAAGAGCGGCCAAUGGCUGUGGAUGCUGAUAUGGUAAACUAAAUUAAAUGCCGGGAUUACCAGUAACUUAUUCUUCACCAGGUCAUAGUGGUUGAGACCAAUUUUUUAGUUCCUGUGUUUUUUUUUCUUUUUUCCUUUUUAGAAUUUUGCCUGGUAGAGAAAAUGUGUUAUACACGAGGUUCCCCCAUUAGUCAAGGCUACUUUUGUAAACCCAUAUGGCAGAGCAUGUAAAGUUAAAAUUGCUUUUAGCAAUUAGUCAUUUUUUUAUCGUUCCAUUUUUAUUCA